AUGCCACAAAUGCACAAACCACUACUACUGUUCAGUAAUCACUUAUCACAGACAAGUUUCACAUUUGGGUAACCUCUGAAGUUUGAAGUGUCCUCUUCUUCUUCCUCACUCAGUUCAUUCUUACUUUCUUAAUUCACUCUCCUUAGCCAAACAAAGUAUUUGAAGUGGUGUAGUUGAAUAAUGUUUUUAAAAAAGAGGCCUUUUGAUGACACCAAUUCCUUGCACACUUCGGUUAAAAAAUCAAAGGAGUCACCACUUUCCAUGAAGAUUAUGAAGAAGAGCAUGCUCAGAUUGGUUGAAGAAUCGAUUGGGGAAUGCCAAAGACAAAGGAGCGUGGAGGAGCAGAAAUUGAAUUCCAUAGAGAGAGAUAUUGAGGAUUGCUACAAAGAGAUUCUAAAUAAGAAAAAACAAGCUAGUUAUGUUAAAAGAUUUAACCAAUAUUACAAGAAAAUGCAGAACAAAAUUGCAGAAGGUGUCAAAGAUUUUGCAGCAAAGGAAGCGCAGGUAUGUUUACUUGAGGACUUGAUUAAAAAGCACACGGAUGAGCUCGAGAAAAAUAAGAUAGAACUUCGUAAAGUCGUGGAUAGAAAUGAUAAAGACGGUGGUGGAAAGAAGGAAGAGGAGCUCGAGACUCUUUCACGAAAAAUUGAUGAAUGUAGUAAGGAAAUUAAGACAAAAAAGGAAGAGCUUGAUGCUACGAAAAUGUUUAUUAGUGGUAAAGUAGAAGAACUAUAUUCAGAAAGGAGUAAUUUACAAAAGGUAAUGUCAAAGAGGAAGACUGAUCAGUGUGCUCAAAUGAAGGACUUCGAAUCAACGAAGAAGCAAGUUGAAGGACGAGAAAAGGAGUUGGAGUCAAAGCAGGAGGAAUUUGAAGGUCGGGUGAGGGAGUUUGAAUCAAAAAAGAAGUAUUUUAAAAGCCAGGUAAAGAAGCUCAGAUCAAAAGAGAAACUGAUUGAAAGACGAGUGAAUGAACUUGAAUCAGAAAAGAACCAUUUUGAAAGUCAGGUAGAGGAGUUCGAAUCGAAAGAGAAGUUAUUUGAAAGAAGAGUACAUGAUCUUAAAUUAUUCAAGAUUCAUUUUGAAAGCCAACUGAUGGAACUCAAAUCAAAAGAGAAGCAAUUUGAAGGACGGAUGAAGGAGUUGGAGUCAAAAGAGAAACAUUUUGAAGUACGACUGAAGGAGUUUGAAUUAAAAGAGCGUCAUUUUGAAGGCCGGAUGAGAGAGGUUAAAUCAAAAGAGGAGGACUUUGAAAGCCGAGUAAGGGAGUUUGAAUCAAAGGAACAACAAUUUAAAGGCCGAGUGAGGGAGUUUGAAGUCAAGCGGUUGGAACUGCAAUUGAAGGAGCUUAAGUCAAAAGGGAAUAAAUUUGAAGGACAAGUAAGGGAUCUUGAAUCAAUGCAGAAUAACUUUGAUGGACAACUGAAGGAACUUGAGUUACGAGAUAAUGAAUAUGAAGCAUUAAUAAAAUCAUUUGAAGAGGAACUUGAAUCAGAUGAUCAACUAAGUCCUACCAUUGAUGGAAGAAGUUUUCGGUUGUUCCCAAUUGAGGAAUUUGAUGAACUUGAGUCAGAUGGCAAUGGCGUUCUAGUUAAUCUGCUAGCAUCAUCAUCAGAUCCAUCAAAAGAUGUUUUGGAUAUAAUCCAGUACCCCCUCAUUCCACAGUGUAAGGGAGACAAUGUUGUAAUUAUUGAUGAAUGCCACAUUGUUUUGCUCGAAAAACUGAUGAGAAUCUCACCACAUGUUAAACCUCAUGUGCGAGAAGAAGCAAUGAAGCUAGCACUUAAUUUGAAAGCUUACAUUGGUGAAAAUACCGAAAAUUCAGUGCCGGUUCUGGGGUUUCUGCUCCUUCUGUCGAUUUAUGGAUUGGUUUCUUCUUUUGAUGAAGAUGAAGUUUUAAAGCUUUUCGGAUUUAUUGCUCAACACAAGAUAGCAGUAGAGUUGUUUGGGACUAUGGGUUUGGCGCAUAAAAUUUCUGAUUUUGUUCAGAAUCUUAUCCGGAAGCAGCAACAUAUUGAAGCUGUGAGGUUCAUUUGUGCUUAUAGCAUGGCCAACAAGAAUCAAUCAGUUGAUCUCUUGCGGGAACAUAUGCAGAAUUCAAAAGUGAUUUCUGAGAGAAGUUGCAAGACAACCAACUCCAGUGAAAUCAAGGAUAAGGCAAUAGACCAUGAAAUUGCUAGUCUGGAAACUGUUCUACGAUGCAUUUCAGAUAACAAUAUUGAUUCUGCGGAUUUACUUGACGUGAUUCAAGGUAGAAUUCUUGAGCUAAAUCGAGAGAAAGGCAAGUAGCUUUUGUAAAUAUCCGAUUUGCAAAUGAAUAAACAGGAAUCUGCACAAAGUUUUCGUAGCAUUUUGGGUUUCAGUUCUUGGAUGAUGUUAAAUUGAUAGUACUUAUGGUUUUGGGAUGGUUAAGAGAAUAAUUAUCAAAUGUAUUAUCAUGUUAACAUGUAUGUCUAUCAAUGUAUCAAGACACAACUGGAAUCUGAUGUAAAAAUAUGCUUUGAUUAUGAUCAUAAGAGUUAGAGUCAAUGGCUUUGAUAUGUAUGGUUACAAGACAUAGAUAUCAGUAAAAAUAUUUGACUCAUGUUUUAGGGACCUUUGGAAAGGUCACCUCCAAAAAUAGAGGAAUAUAUGCCAUUUAAAGUAGUAAGUACACGGUAUUCUUUAGUAAAAGGCGAAAGAAUAGUUCGCUUUGUGCUCACUAUAUAUGGCUACACAAUUUUUAAGAUGAUUAGCCUUACCUAUUUAUAUUUUAGAUAUAGCUGGAAGUUUAUUCCAUUAAGCAAUGUGGGACUUAUGGAUUUCAUAAGUUGUAUAUAGUGUAUAGUAGAUACAUACAUAUAUGAAAGCAUUGGUUCUUUUUUGACAAA